AUGAGGACGGUGGCUUUGAUCAGCGGGGGCAAGGACAGCUGCUACAACAUGAUGCAGUGCAUCGGAGCCGGCCACGAGAUUGUCGCCCUGGCCAACCUCCAACCUGUGCUGAAAGAUGAGUUGGAUAGUUAUAUGUACCAAACUGUAGGCCAUCAAGGAAUUGAUCUGUAUGCUGAUGCAAUGGGCCUUCCACUGUACCGAGAAAUGAUCAUAGGUGUUGCCAUGGACCAAGGAAAGAACUAUAAUCCUAGUGAUAAUGAUGAGGUUGAAGAUCUGUAUCGUCUACUUGCAAGAAUAAAGGAUGAUAUGGAUAUAGAGGCAGUAGCUGUGGGAGCAAUUUUGUCAGAUUACCAAAGAAUAAGAGUUGAAAAUGUCUGUCGUAGGUUAGGCCUUGUCUCUCUAGCAUAUCUUUGGAGGAGGAAUCAAAAAGAAUUGCUUCAGGAGAUGAUAAGUAGUGGUGUUGAAGCUAUCAUUAUAAAGGUGGCAGCGUUAGGACUGGACCCACACCUCCACCUGGGCCUUACGUUGCGAGAGAUCCAGCCGCACCUUCUAGUCAUGCAGGAGAAGUAUGGCCUCAACGUGUGCGGCGAGGGCGGCGAGUACGAGACCUUCACGCUCGACUGCCCGCUCUUCAGGAAACGUCUAGUUAUUGAUGAAAAGGAAUUAGUGAUACAUUCAAAUGAUCCAGUCGCGCCCGUUGGCUAUUUAAAUCUCAAGCUACACCUGGAACCCAAGGAAAACUUGGAUGAAAUCAAAUUACCUCCAACUAUCAAAACCGCCCUCGACUUCGUUGGUGAUCUCAGUGACACCGUAUUCAGCGAUAUAAGCGACAUCGAGCUGAGCGAGACGGAGCUAGAGUCCAUUGAGUUGUUAGAAAAGGAGGAGAAGAAAAAACAAGAAUUAAACCCAUUGCUCAUAUACAACGAUAAGUCUGAUGUGUCUGCUAGUCUAGAUGUUACUGAUUGUCAAAAUGAUAGCGCUGAAAGCAUAGAGGAUGGAUAUAAUUACGACGAAACGCACAAUCAAUUUUCCAAACAGCCUAUUGUCGACCAUAGAUCUAUUUAUGGGAAUAGACACGGCUGGUACUUUAUUGGAGGCAUCGUUGGCGAAGGCGUCGAUACGGGCUUGGCUACAGAGGACGCGAUGAAAAAACUCAUUACUCUCCUCGGGUCCGUGGAUAUGAGUCUACCGGACGUUUGUUGCGUUAACAUCUACAUGCGAGACAUGGAGAAAUACUCCGCCUUGAACGAUGUUUAUGUAAGCCACUUCUGCUUCGCCAAUCCGCCCACGAGAGUCUGCGUGCAGUGCCCUCUGCCGGACGACGUGGGACUUAUAUUAGAUGCCGUCGCACACAAGCCUAUAGUUGAGGUCCAGGACGCUGAUUGUCAACCGAAAGAGAGAGUCACGAUGCACGUGCAGGGUAUUUCGCAUUGGGCGCCGGCCAACAUUGGACCUUACAGCCAAGCUAUUAAGGUGGGCGAAGUGAUAGGCACGUGCGGUCAGAUCGCGCUGGUGCCGGGCAGCAUGCGGUUGGUGGCGGGCGGCGCGCGCAAGCAGUGCGCCCUCGCGCUGCGGAGCCUCACGCGCGUGCUGCGCGCCGUGCAUCCGCGCGCGCACAUACGGAGCGUGGUGCAGAGCGUAUGCUACGUGAGCGCUGAAUGCCGACGAGCAGUUGGUGAAGCCCGAAGACAGUUAGAACGUCGCACAGCCGGCGCCAUAGUUCAAGUGGCCGUAGUGUCGGGGCUUCCCCGGUCCGCUGCCUUAGAAUGGCACGCGUGGGCACACACCGACAACAACAGAUUCGACUAUGAAGAGACCGGGUGCAGCGUCGGAGAGUACAAAGUAGCGAUCACGAGGAGGUGGAACUAUGAAAACACUGUUUCCGCUUUCGUCUGCUACGUUGCCACUGGUUCGUCUCCCUCGACGUGCCAAUUGUCGUUUCCUAGCGAAGACGCGUGCCACUCGCAUCGCGAUCUGGCGGCGCAGAUGUCUAGAGAAGAUCUAGCUGCCGUUCUGGAGUACGCGCUCAGGAAACUGCUCAGAGAUCCCCCGGGAGUUGACGAACAACCCCCUGUCGCUGUCAAGAUGAGAGUAUUCUACCAGGUAUGGAGCGCGCCCCCAGUAGAACGAAUCUUGCAAGCGGCCGAAGACGCCAGACUUCGAGUAAAAGCCGCGCCGGCUUUAACAGCAGUGCCCGUUCUGGCGCUACACAACGCAUUCACCUUCCUGUCCAUCAGUGGGCUCAGGUCCCGCUCACGAGAAACAAGAAUACAGAUGCUUUAUUGCCAGUUUAUAAAAUAUACUUGCUGA